CUCACGGCCUCACCUAACUCCGUUUACCUUUUCUUACAGUCGGUGACUCGCUUCUUAAAUCGCCGACGGCAAAGAUUCUAAUUUCUAUAAGACAUGCGCUGCACCUUUUCGGUCGAGGAGGCUAGUUUCCUCCCAGACUUCAUGCCUUCUUCAGUCUUCAACUCAUCAACUUCACGACUCCCGGCUCUUAUCACUCUGGCACGAUGUUCGACACUCUCGAAAAGCGUGGAGGCCCCUACUCGUCCACCACAGCCGGAAUGGGCGGCGCUCCCAGCAUUACGCCCGAUAUUCCUGUGUGUGCUGUUUUCAUGGCUCUCUAUAUCGGAUUCGCAGCCACCAACAUGACGAUCUUCCAGAAAAACCGUCGCAGAGACCACAAAUUCGUUCUUUCUGGGAUGUUGUUCGGUUUCUGUAUGGCGCGUAUCACCACGCUAGUCCUCCGCAUUGUCUGGGCGACCCGACAAACAAACGUCCGGCUCGCAAUCGCAGCCCAGAUCUUGGUCAAUGCCGGUAUCUUGCUCGUCUACAUUAUCAAUUUGAUUCUGGCCCAGCGCUUACUCCGUGCCAAACAACCACAAUUGGGCUGGCAUCCGGUUAUUCGGCAUGGUGCGAAAGUCUUCUAUGUCUUGGUCGGUGGUGCUCUGAUCAUGGUUAUUACGUCCACGGUAAUAUCAGUGUACACCUUGAAUCCCGGCACGCUCGAAUCCUGCCGUGACGUCCAGCUUACGGCCAUAACCUACCUUCUUGUCUUCACUUGCCUUCCUCUCCUUCACAUCGUCCCUGCAUUCUUCCUACCUCGACCUAAACAAGAAGAGAAUUUUGGAGAGGGGAAAAUGGUCGCCAAAAUGAUUAUUAUCACAUUAUCCACCUGCCUGUGCAUGCUAAUUGCAGGCUUUAAGGCUGGAGUCACCUGGAGUCCACCCCGACUAAUAACUCACCCCGCGUGGUAUCAUUCCAAAGCCUGUUUUUACGUCUUCAACUUCACCGUUGAGAUUAUCAUCCUUUGUCUGUUGACCUUUACUCGCAUUGAUAAGCGUUUCUUUGUUCCGAAUGGUUCCACUCGUCCUGGAGACUAUACAAAUCUGCCGAAGCAGAAUUCAGGAGAAGACCUUUAUGCUGAGUCAAAACUAGCGGCAUGAUCUUGGCUUUUCCUUCCUUUCUUUCUUUCUUUUAUCUGAGAGGCACUUCCUGCCACAUGCUUGGUAGUUGGUGAUGCCCGUAGGGUCAUAUAAUACCUGUUAUAGUGUUGAUAUUUGGGUUUGGAAUAGACAAUAGUUAAAGAUGAUCUACAAAGAGAUCUAUACGUCCGGGCUCAAUUCCGGGAUACACUAUCCUUAUUACGACCAAGCUGCGACGCUCACUUGAAGGAACUAAGCUAUAUGUACCUUAUUCAAAUGUCACGCUUUUUCCCCUUGCGCCUACAGCAUCAACACACCAUUCAGGAAGAGUAUCAGCACAAACACACUCAGAGUAGUGAAAAGAUACAUUGUUCAUAACAUCAUCUGAC